CAUUGUAAAGCCUUUCACUGGAUAUACUUUGAAGUGGAUUUACUGUGUAAUUUGUUGAGGCCAUUUUUCCUGCCCUGACUGCUUGCUGCCAGUGUUGCUAAGAUCAGCAAAUUCAUCGUAAAUAAGGAAUCAAAGCUGCAACCUUGGGGUUUGUAUGAUGUUGGGUUACACUGGAGAGCCAGUUUGAGAAUGCCAGUUUGUUCUGACCUGAUGUGAUUGAUGAUUCUUUGCGUCAGUUUAGAAGCUGAACUCCUUCAUACUGUAAAUUAUAGAAUUGAAAUAUCUAGCCUUUUUAUUAUGUAUGAUGACAGGUUACCCAGCAGUGGUCUAUUUUGCAUUAAUGAUUUUUCUUCUCUCUGUAAUUUAGUGUUAAUUGAUUCAAUAAAUCAAAACGGAGGUUCGCCUUUUGAGAGCAGUAACCACGCGAAUUUCCAAGAGGCAGGUGAUGGCGCUCAUACUGCCAACAGGCCAAACGGAUGUAAAAACAGAGAAACAUUAGGAGGAGGAACUGGUGAAACUGUGAAGGGUUUUUCGCAGGAGCAAAUCGAUGGGGUGCAGAGGAUAAAACGUUGCAAGGAUUACUAUGAGAUUUUGGGAGUCAGUAAAGAUGCUGAUGAGGAGGAUUUGAAGAAGUCUUACAGGAAGCUGGCAUUGAAGUUUCACCCUGAUAAAAACUGUGCUCCAGGGGCCACCGAGGCAUUCAAAGCAAUAGGAAAUGCCUACGGUGUUCUGAGCAACCCAGAGAAACGGAGCUUGUAUGAUAGGUAUGGAGAGAAGCCGCCUCCGACCCACAGCCACCAUGCCAACAGUUCCCAUGUCUACCGGGAGUUUGAAGCUGAUAUAACACCUGAGGAAUUAUUCAACAUGUUCUUUGGUGGAAGGUUCCCCACAGGUAAUGUCCACCUCUACACAAACGGAAGCGCAACGUACACUCACUUUUAUCGCCGUCGUCGCCGGAUGAACGAGAGGAUGGAUGAGGAUGAGGAAGAGAGGAACAGGACUCAGGGAACCUAUUCAGCAUUUGUUCAGCUGUUGCCAAUCUUUAUAUUGGUGCUUGUGUCACUUGUGACCCAGUUGUCCAUGACCAAUCCUCCUUACAGUCUCUACUACAAGUUGUCAUUAGGGCAUGUGUUGCCCAGAGAAACUGCGCAUUUGAAAGUAACUUACUUUGUUGACAAGGGAUUUGAAAAGGAAUACCAAAACUCGGCUUUGCAAAACGUGGAACAGAAUGUUGAAAGUGACUACAUUGAUCACCUCCAAAACAGUUGUUGGAAGGAAAAACACCACAGAACUGACUUGCUGAAUCUGGCCACACUGUACAGAGAUGAGCGGUUGAAGCAGAAAGCCGAGUCUCUUAAAACGGAGAGCUGUGAGAAGCUGUUCAAGCUCGUUGAGCUUCAGAGAAGAGGUUGACCCUCUUCACACCCUCACUUCAUCCAACUAACUGUUAAAUCAGGUGGGUGGGGGGUCCAACCUAUUGGAUGCUGAGGGUCGGAUGCACUAUUCGAGAAAUAUCCAUGGGCCACAUAGCAAGAUUUUUGUGUUUCCCUUCCACAAACAUAACAUAACAUUUACUGGCGAAAGAGGGAGCAGGUGAGCCAGAUGAAAUGGAUUGGGGGCCGGUGAAAUCGGGCCGCUAGUUGGACUACCCUGGUGUGAAUGAAGAGAGGCGAACUGUCAUAUAAAAAAACACUACAUUUAAUACCAGAGACUACACACUGCUGGGCGUUUUACAUACGAGUGUCUGUAGGAAAAUCGUAUCAUUUUCUGAAACCAUCCGGCAUCGUUCAAUAGGAGAAGCCAUUAAAUGACCUGAUGUUGGGAUUGCUGGCUAAAUGGAACACUAACUAAGCUUAGCUUGAUAGCUUCACUUUUUCAGUUUAACUCAUUUUAACUCCAUUGUGCGGGUAUGCUAACUUCCUUACAUUAAGGAUAGACAGUUUUAAGUUGUGGCUGUAGAGUGCAGGCUCCGUUUAUUGUUGCUUUAGUCCCAGCCUUAUUUUAUAAAUUUCAUAUUUGUAAGUGAUACUCCGGGCACUUGAUUUGAGGUGCUUCACUUGUCAGUCAAUCAGUCAUUCCUGAGCAGCUAUAGACGAGUGUUCUGAGGGCUGGGCUCAGUGUUAGCUCCACUUUUCUGUGUUCUAGUUUAAUAUUGAUCAAAGUGCGAUGCUUUAGUUCCAGUCGAGGUUCGUUCAGACCCGUUCGUUAUGGAUAGUAAUUUUAUCUCUGCCGUAAACCUCUCAGGUUCUUACUGAUUUUCUUUUCGGAUUUUUUUUUAUGUUCUCGAAAUGCCUGUUCACUGCUCACUGCGUGUUUGCACAGUGCAGGUAGCCCCUAAACCGAUGUUAAAGCGUCCAUUGCUGUUAGUAAUAAUUUGUCAACUCCUUCAGCAUAGCGCGGAGUAAGCCGACAUUGGGCUCGCUCGGUUGUGUGCCGACUUAAUCUCGAAAGCAAUCGUGUGAAUUGUGAUCGCAAUGUGGACAUUUCCUUUUUGAGUAUAACGACUGUUUGUGGGACACUUGUGCGCAAUUGGCUGUUGCAUUUCACCCACAAAACAUACAGUCAAUUUACUUUAUACUAUAUUGGUGAAGCGCUUUGAGACGUCUCAAUAACGUGAACCACGCUAUAUCAAUUGCAAGUAUUAUUAUUUUGAAGGAAUUGAAAUGAUAGUUGAAUGAGCCUCCCAUUCUCCAGGACCCACAUUCACAAAUCGUCGCACAGGGUAAAUGACAAAAAACAAAAUCUUCUUUUGGAAUUUAGCUCGAUUGUAUGAGUGCCUUUUGUAAAUUUGGCUCCAGGUUUGCAGCUAGUUUGUGGGAGCACAGGAAUUUCAUGUGCUGAUGCUAUUUACUGUUUCUUUUAGGAGCAUUUAUAUUUAUUGAGAGUCUGGCCACAUUACUGACUUUGAAAUUGCACGUUGUGAAUCUUAAAGCCCAAGCUAUAAGUUAUAUUUUUAAUUGUUCAAUUAUUGUGUCAUUUUGAGAAUUCUGUGAAGAAAUGGGAUACGUUUUUCUUUUUGAGAUGUGUAAGUACCUAAAUUCUAUUAACCUGUAAUGACGAAAUAAAUAUUUUUCAGUGGUGA